AGUUUAAAAAAGGAUAAUAAACUGCUGAAUUCCCGCAAACACAAAGCACCGAAACACUGACUCCACCGAACGAACCAGAAUUCUAUGGAGAAAAAGGCAAAAUUUUUUUACUAAAAAACUUAGCUUUUUGUAUAGAAGUGAGAGCUCAAAAUCCACAUUUUGUUCCUGUUUUAAAAUCACCAUGGAAGAUUUCCGAUCCAAAUCAUGCGGUGAUGGAAGAAUGCAGAUAUGCAAUUACUAUGAGUCAACAGCAGGACCCGUCUUCAAUGGUAAUGGAAUGCAAGAUCUCAGAUGUUCUAGUGCAAGUUAUGCUUCUUCAGUGCCAGCACCUCCACAAACUCAACAACCCCAAAACAGUGAUGCCAAGUUCAAGAAAGGGAAGUCAACAAAUGGGUCUUCUUCAAGAAGUUGGAGUUUUGAUGAUCCUGAGUUGCAGAGGAAGAAGCGAGUUGCGAGCUAUAAGGUUUACACUGUUGAAGGCAGAGUUAAAGGGUCUUUCAAGAAGAGUUUUCGGUGGAUUAAGGACAGGUGUUCUACCGUUAUCAAUGGUUGGUGGUGAUUGAUUUCUUCCUUUCUUUCUUUUUUUUUUUUAUAUAUAUGUUUUGUUGUUAUAUUUGUGCUAUGUUAUAUAUAAUCUCUGAAUAAGUUAGGAUUAUUAGCUUGAUUUCUAUGAAUUGGUUAUUGGCUCUGUUGAUGAAUUCAAUAAGAACGACCUUAUUUUCCUUUGUAUAUUUAGAGAUUUAUAGAUUCCACUUACCAUUCUCCAAACAUUAUCAAGCUUGAAUUGCUUUGAGUAGGAGCUUAUUAAAUAUUGCUUAACUGAAUUAGUGCCUGUUGGUUUCAGUUCAGCAUUGUCAAAGCCUUAAA